CAAGAAUGAUUAAAAAUUUUGUGACCUCUCAGUUUUUGAUCUGUGCAUAUCCCAUCUCAAUUUUUUGGAUGUACUCCCCAACUCAAUUAUGAUAGGGUUUUGGUGGGGGAUUUAAAGUCUUGUUUCAUUACCUUCGCAAUCUACAAAUUCUAGGUUUUAUUAUUUAAUUUCGAUUUUGUGUGAUAUGAUUUCUGAACUUGUUUAAACCUAGCUGUUGUGUAGACUAUCUUCUUAAACUUGAGCAGUAUUUUGUUGCGGUACGGUGGAUCAAUUCAGUGGAGAAAGCUCUCCUGUUGUACUUGCUCUGGAAGAGAAGCAAGUUAGCUCCACUUCUUUCUAAAGUCUUGCUUAUCUUUGAAAUGCAACGAGGGUCUUUUUUGGAUGAAGACCUUAAGUCACAAAUUGGUUGUCUUUAUAUUGUUUCAAAGAUCUGUUUGUUCUAUUCUAUUCCUUUGAUACAUGUAGUGGAUCAACACACAUGCUUUUUAACCCGUUUAAUCAUUCUUUACAUGUUACGUGAUUCAUCUACAAUAGUUUCCCUUCACAGAUUAGAAAGGGCCUGAUGGAGGUAUUGGUCGGCAUGAAGGUUGGAGUUUGGCCCUCAACACAGUCUUUUGUCUCAUGCCAAUGAGCCUUUGGUAUUUGAAGUGCAGCUCUUGAAAGUUGUGUGAGUUUACUGUUGUAUCUCUCUUCGGUAAUGUGAGUUUAUUUGAAGUGCAGCAUUUUUUUCUCUCUCUUAUUUGUAUGAAGAAAGCAUUAUUGAAAAAGAUUGAAGCUUUCUGUAUCAUUUGAGUCUACAAUAAACUUAUUUAUGGAUCUCUCUGGAGUGAUUUUAGUUUAGUGGAAAACUUACACUUCAAGGCAUGCGGUAAACGAAUGAUUGACGCACUCCCAAGACCUUACUGAGCUUAUCUAUAUUACAAGGGAGGAAGGUGUGGUGCCCAAAAAAUAAAUUUUCAUAUCUUGGAUUGAGAGUGAUUUGGAUUCACUUUGAUCCAACGGAUUAGGCCUUCUCUUUCCUCACCAUUCUCGCGAGACAUUUCACUUUUCCUUUUCAUUUUUUAGGUUGGGGGAUUGAACAGUUUUCCUCUCCCCUAUCUUGCCCCUCACCCUCUGUCAUCGCCAACGACCACUAAUAUGGCACCUCCUCCCUCAUUUGAGGCUGCCUCACCAAGAUUCCCUCACCCUGCAGUGGUGCCGGUGAUGACCCUCUUGGCCUCCAAAACCGCAUCAUCCGCCCUUACACCCCGUCCUACCAGCGGACCUCCUCCGUCCCUUGCAGCCCAUGUUAACCAAUGCCACCACCAUCGUGCUCUUCUCUCGCCCAUCUGCCUCCAAACGUAUCCCUAGCUCUGCAAAUCACCACCACAAUAGCCUCCUCUCUCCAACCAAAUUAACUGAUUUUAACAUUCGAAUUACAACCAAAACCCAAAACCAUGGGGUUACGAUUUAGGGAAACACCAGAACCCGUCUGGGUUGAGGGGAUUUCUUUCCAAGCACUUUUUUAUCUGAGCCGCAUCAACCUCAUUUUGUGGCGAUCUGAGUCACAUCUCUCUCUCUCUUUUGCCAAGUUCUAUCCAUUCAACGUUAAUGUUUGGAUAAGUUUUUUUUUUUUUGGUAAGUAGUUCCAAUAAGUUUGGUGUGAAAUACUGUACAUCGGAAUGAAAGUUUUGGCGUGAAGUGUUUUUUUUUUCUUUUUUGUAGCAAUCUUUUGUUUCUAAUCCAAUAAGUGAAGGCAUGGAUAUUUCAUACUAUUCUUCUCCAUCGGAUUUGCUUAAGAAUAGAUUAAAAUGUUGGUGGACUUUUUGUUAUUGCUAGCAAUUGCUUUACUUAAGUCCAAAGGUUGAGUUUCUGCAAAUUCGGGGUUGGGUGAAAUUGAGUAGAUUUCUGCCCGCUACCUGCUCUAACUCUAUGGUUUCGUUAGAGGUUAGAUAAAUUGAAUUGUAGAAUUUUGCUAUGUUUUUCAGAAGACUGUUUCGACUAAUCUCUUUGAAGUGUAGAAUUUUGUUAUGUUUUCCACAAGACUGUUUCGACUAAUCUCUUUCAAUCCAAGAUAUUGAUGUUUACUCCCCUCUCUAUCUCUCUUCUUGCUAAAUGUAAGAGAAAAAUAUUGGGUUAAGUUCUUACAUUUUGUAGGAACUCGCUUUAAGUUAUAGAUAAAGUGUUACGCUUGAAAAUACUAGACUUGGUGAAAUGUUGUUGAUUGAACUUUCGGGUAGUCGAUUAGAUGGAAAAGGGGGGGACGGGUGGUGUUGUAAAUUGGAUGACAACGGAUUGGUAAAUUGGAUGUGAUCUAGUUGUGAUUGAUGAGGUAGGAAUUGAUGUUACAAGAUCUCCCUCAUUUCAUUUCCAGUUGGAGAAUGUCGUAUGUUCACAAGGUGAGAUUGCCUCCAAAGCUGAAACUUUUGAAAGAAUUCACAUCUACUUUGGAUGCCCUAGACAUGAGUGCCCAACUCCUAACCAGUCAUCGAUACCAAUUUCGCGCCUCCGCAGGUUUCCUUUUGGUAUUGAUAUAAUUUAGUAUACUGUAGUAAACAUUACCCUUUGAUAUUCAGGUUUUGUAUCUGAUAAUAGUAAACAAUGGAUAGUUGUUCCUUUCUAAUACUUGCAUUCUCAUUUAAGAAAAGAAGAAUCUAUGUCACCAUUCCUAUAAAACGUGAGUUAUGAGUUUACUAUUGCUAUAGAUGUUUAUGUGGGGCGGAUGGAAUUAACAUUGAUGAUAAGAAUUAAAAACCGCCUAUAAAACAAGGUGGGAAAUAUGAUAAUGAAAAAAAAAAAUAAUUCUAUUCCUACGAAUUGACAUGUUUAUAGGAGCAUAUAGUCUGCAGGGUUUUCAUUCCAAGUUGUCCUCAAGUAUAAAUCGUCAAGGCCUAUUUGAGUGAUUUAGUUUGAAUGUUUGAAAUGCGAAACUUUUGUACACUCAGAAUUGCAAUCUAAAUUUUAUAGCAUUAAAUUGGAGGCAUUUACAAAAUAAAACUUAGGAGUAAGUCCAUGCGUGUAAUAACUUGAAAAAAGAAGUGCACAGUAUGCUGUGUAAUUUUAUCUCAUCAAAGUAUGCUUGCAAGCAUAUUCAUCCUUGGUAUUUGAAGAUAAAUAGAGUUGUUCUUGAAAGACAUGGCAUAGAGACACUGAGUAGAUGUGAUAGAAUACGAUUUACGUCAAUGGAAUUGCAAAUAUGGAGGGAAAGACCUAAAUUGGCGAGGGAUUUUUGCGGGAAAAGGAUACACAUUUGUUACAUUUACUUAACAAAUGGGGUACGUGUAGCGCUAGCCACACCAAUUGAAUGGAAAGCAUGGCUAGGAUGGAGUUGGUUUGUUUUUGUUUUUGGGUCUAUAUGUGUUUACUUAUGUUGUGCAGGUGUCUUCACUAGUGCUGGCCCAUCACAAGAUAUAUUUAGCUGCUCAUGUGGUGGGUCAGGUGAUAAUCUGCGUGCUGCUGUAAAUUUGCUGCAGAUAUUCUUGUGGGACUGGAGAACCAAGAAGCAAAUUGCAUGCUUGGAGGAAUCUCAUACGGUUGAUGUUACUCAGGUCCACUUUGUUCCUGACCAUCAAAACAAGCUUCUGCUUAUGUUGAUGAUCUGACAAUAUGCCUUUAAGAAAUGUUAGCGAAAGAGGGUAUUCCAAACUCAAGUGCUUAUAGGGUAUUCCAAACUCAAUUGCUUAUAACACUAUGAUCGACGCACUUGCUAAGAGUUGGAUGGUUGGCAAGACAAUAUUUCUCUUCUCUAAGGCUCUGUUUGGAACUUGGGGAUGGAAAGAAAAAGGAAAGAAAAUUUUAAAAAAUUUAUCUUCCUUUGCUUGGUUGGCAAACUCAAUUUUUCCUCCAAUUUCUCUUUAACUUUCUCUCUCAUUUCCUUCUUAUUUAUUUUCUUUCCUUUUCCACUUCCAUCCCCAAGUUCCAAACAGAUCCUAAAAUGGUGAAAAAUGAUUGUAGGCCAAAUGACCUACAAUGUAAUUCUAAAUGUUUUGGUUGCUGAAGGACAGCUUGGUAAACUUGACGAGAUUGUGCACAGUUAAUACUAGGGGUGAUUAUGAUUAUGAUUAUGAAUAGAUGAUAUUAAUGAAAAGAUUUUGAUGAAAUUCUAUGUUCAAUGGAAAGUUACAAGGGUGAUUAUGAUUAUGAAUAGAUGAUUUUCAAGUGUGGCAUUGACCAAUGCAGGUUUAAGGACUUAAUCUCAAAUAGUUUGUAUUUCAGUUCGGAACUUAUUGUAUGGAAUAUUUCAUGUGCAAUAUAACUUUUCAAAUGUAAAACUGAAUUUAUAUUUUGGAAGUACCAAAAUUCAGUCAAAUUUGUAUGAUAUAUGUAAGAAU